AUGUGGUGGUGGCUGCUCGGCCUGCUGGGCUGCGUACUGCUGGUGAUGACCGUCCUGUUUCUCAUCACCGGGCAUCGCUACAAGGUGUUCAGUGAGAAGUGCGUGAGGCCGCCCGGACCCCUCGUCACCGACCGCAAGCAGAGGGACACCCGGCUGAAGAGAGGCUUCCUCGCAGACCGCGUCCCGGCGUCUCUGGACGCGGUGGUGAUCGGCAGCGGCGUGGGCGGGCUGACGGCGGCGGCGCUUCUGUCCAAAGCCGGGAAGAAGGUGGUGGUUCUGGAGCAGCACGAUCAGGCCGGAGGCUGCACACACACCUUCGAGAACAAGGGCUUCGAGUUUGAUGUGGGGAUCCAUUACCUGGGCCAGCUUCACGAGAACGGCAUGCUGAAGGUGGCGUUGGAUCAGAUCACAGAGGGGCAGCUGCAGUUCACCCGGCUGGAGCAGCACUUCGACACGCUGAUCCUGGGUCAGUCCGACCAGCGCAGAGAGUACCACAUCCAUGCAGGGAAGACGGAGAUGGCAGCGAGCCUCAAGAGGCAGUUCCCAGGAGAAGAGGAGGCCAUCGACGAGUUCAUGAGGCUCAUGAAGCUGGCAUCCAGGAGGACACCUCUAAUUGCCAUGUUGAAGAUGAUACCACUGUGGAUGGUUCAUUUUCUCAUUCGGUUCGGCCUGUUGGAUCGUCUGUCCUCAGUUUUCCGCCUGGCAACAUCGAGCCAUUCAGAAGUAAUGUCGGGCCUCACGCAGAACAAGGACCUGCAGGCCCUGUCGGCCUACCUGUUCUACGGCGUCCCUCCAAAAGAGUCCAGCUUUCUGAUCAACGCUCUCCUUCUUCACCACUACAAGCGUGGUGCGUAUUACCCACGAGGGGGCGCCAGUGAGUUUGCCUUCCACAUCAUCCCGGUCAUCCAGCAGGCGGGCGGCGCCGUGCUGGUGAGGGCUCCGGUCCACCGCAUCCUGCUGGACCAGCAGGGGAAGGCCUGCGGUGUGACUGUGCUUAAAGGACAGGAGGAGGUCGAGGUCCGCGCUCCUGUUGUCGUUUCCAAUGCUGGGAUCUUCAACACUUUCCAGAAAUUUCUACCUCAGCACAUCCAGGACAAAGAAGAGGUGAGGUCCCUGCUGGGCAUGGUGCGUCAUGGGAUGGGCUCCUUCUUGGUCUUCGUUGGUCUUGAUGGAACAAAAGAGGAGCUGGGCAUUGUUUCCACCAACUUCUGGAUGUACAAAGACAAUGACUUGGACUCGCUUAUGGAGCAGUACGCCUCCCUCAGCAGAGAUCAGGUGUUAGGAAAUAUUCCAAUGAUGUUCAUCACCUUCCCGUCCGCUAAAGACCCCACGUCCAGCAUCAGACACCCAGGGAAGUCCUGCAUGACGUUGCUAACCAUGGCUCGCUACGAGUGGUUCGAGGAAUGGGAAGGGACAAAGCUUGGCAAGAGGGGGCAGGACUACUUGGAUCUGAAGAACAGCAUGGCUCAAGAACUGCUGGACUGGGCGCUGACCAUUUUCCCUCAACUGCGAGACAAGGUGGUAAUGGUGGAUGCUGCCACCCCUCUGACUAACGUCCACUACCUGGGCGCUCCGAGAGGAGAGAUGUACGGCGCCGAGCACAACUUGGAGCGCUUCGACCCCGAGGCAGUCGCCAGGACUCGAGCUAAGACGCCCGUUGACGGGCUCUACUUAACAGGUCAGGAUGUGUUCUGUAAUGGCAUGGCUGGAGCUCUCCACGGAGGUCUGCUGUGCGCAUCGGCCGUCCUCAAUCAGACCCUCUACGUCGACCUCCUGGCCCUGAAGACGCGCCUCAAGAACAAGCAGAACAAUCACAGGCAGACCUAGUAGCAACAGAUCUGUGGUGGAAGGUUCCGAUGUCGGGCGUCUCCCGAAUGAAGAACUUCAUUUCCUAUCGUCUGCUUGUACCUUUCCACAUUUGUUUUUAC